AUGUUGGAUACCAGCUAUCACAGCAUCCAAAGCACUUGCAGCGCUGAAUCCAAACCCCAAUCUAUUGUACACCAAAUCAUUCGCCUUGAAAAACAUGUUGAAAAGAAAGCCAAGAAGAUGUUUGCUAGCCGAAAAAAGAACGGAACCAAGAAGAACAAGAAGUCAGUUGGUACAGCAUCAUCAACCAAAGACUCGCUUUCCACAAGCAUAAGUGGAACCAAAUCACUCAAUCUUGAAAGUGAAGAUGAUCAUUCGCUGUCUUCUUCCUUCGCCUGGGAGGAGUCCGUUGCCUGCUCUUCCAUUCAAGGAUCGUUGGAUGCUUCACAGCUGGAUUUCGACGAAGAAUGCGAUUUUGAAACGAUUGACCAAAACACAUUCAUCACACAAGUCUUAAUGGAUACUCUCUCCGAGACAAACUAUGUUAUUCAUUUCUUCAGCGAUGACUGUCUUGAGUACUUUGACUACGAAGACCAACUCACGCAAGUCUUGGUCAACUCAGCCUCCAAGGAGUUCGAACUCUACAGGAUGAGCUCGCAAAUGGCGCCACUCUUCACAUCCAAGCUCGGCAUCAAUCCGGAACUGUCAACCCUUAUCCACGUAUACAAGGGAAAAGUGUUGAGUAGAUUGGAUGACCUUGCCAACCAAAAAUCUAUGGAAGAGGUCAAAGAAUGGCUGCGGGAAGCAGGAGAAAGCCAAGAUUUUGCUGGUGCAAGACAUCCACUAUCGUAG